ACUAGUCAAAGUACUCCGUCUUCUUCUGAUAAAAGUGGGGAUCAUCUGUUCGUGUUUCUCUCUCCUCUCAAUUUUCUCCGGUAAAUCGAUGGAUUCCGACGUAGUUAUGGUUCCCGCCGGCGAGGGUUCUAGCACCGGAGCCGGCCCUUCUUCUAAGAAACCUAAGCGUUUCGAGAUCAAAAAAUGGAACGCUGUCGCUCUUUGGGCUUGGGAUAUUGUUGUCGACAAUUGUGCAAUUUGUCGUAAUCAUAUCAUGGAUCUAUGUAUUGAAUGCCAAGCUAAUCAAGCUAGUGCUACGAGUGAGGAGUGCACUGUCGCUUGGGGUGUCUGCAACCAUGCCUUCCAUUUCCAUUGCAUCAGCCGUUGGUUAAAAACUCGACAAGUAUGCCCAUUAGAUAAUAGUGAGUGGGAGUUUCAGAAAUAUGGACAUUAGUUUUGAUAAAGUGGGCUUAUUAUUAGAAUCGUACUCUUAAUUAUGUAAGAUUUGUUUUUGGGUUGUUGUAUUAACUAUUAAGGCCUAUUGUCAACAAUUGACGGGCAUCCCAGCAAAACUCAAGUCGCGGGUUGAAGGUGUAAUAGCUGUCAAACUUUUGUUUAGCAGUUAAUAAACUUAGCCCUUCGGGGUGUUUGUCUCAA